AUGAUUUGCCAGGUGGAGGUGGAAGAGGAUGAGAGUGCUAUGCCUAAGAAGGAUGCAAGGACAUUGUUGGCAAGAUUCAAUGAACAAAUUCAACCAAUCUAUGACUUGCUCAAAGACUGUGAAGACGUGAGACUUGCUCCAGAAAUUCUAGAACCUGAACCAGUUGAUUUGAAAUUAAUUGGACAAAAGUCUAUUGCUAACAAAUCCACAUCUGAACGAAGUGGAGUGUGGAGUGGGGAAGCUACAAGGAAUAUCAACUUUGGUUAUGAGGAAAAUACAGUGACUGUCACCAUUGAUGAUGAGUCUAACACAAAAGAGACAAAGCCAGUGAAAGAACAACCUGUUUGGAUGAGAGAGAGUACAGUAGAUAAAAAAAGCAAUUCUGGUUUUGACAAGCUUGAUACGUUCUUCCAACCAAGCACUUCCAAAGCAGAUAUCAUUGCAGACAAAAUUGAAUCCAGUGAUGACAUUAUGCGUACAUUGUUAGUGCAUGAGAAGAAAUCAGUGGCCGCUACACCAGCUGCCAGUGCACUAGCUGGAAGUGACAAAGGGUCUUCAAGUGAUUCAGAUGAAGAGAUGGCCAAGCCGUCCACAUCAUCAAUGGGUAAGUACCUGAUUCUUUUUGUGCUGAUCUGCCAAAUCAGAUGUCAUGUGUUGCUUGUGACCCCCAACGGAGAUAUAUUUGAAUUAUUUCAGGUGACCCAUAGAUACAAGAUGAAUUAUAGAUACAAUCCCUAA